GCUCACACUGGUGUUCAAUAGUUGUGAUGGAAUUAUUUUAUAUUUAUGUUUAAUUUAUUUAAUUUCUAUUAUCGAUAAAAGAAUUUGUUUAUAAAUAAAUUAUACAAUUGUUUUUUUAAUGUACGAAUGAAGAAUUUUACUUACAAGUUUAUGUAAAUUAUUCAAAUAUGGCUUCAAAGUUAUCUAAUAAACAAAAAAUACGAUCUUUUUUAAUGAUAUCAUUUGGCGGAGCAUCACUGUUCACUGGAAUGUCUAUAUUCCAAGGGAAUGAAAAAUUUUACGACCAAGUAGUUAUGCGAUUGAUAAAAUCAAUUGAUCCGGAAAUUGCACAUAAAAUGGCUGUAACUGCUGCCAAAUGGGAAAUUAUUCCUAAACAAAAAACUCCCGAUCCUGUAACUUUAAAACAGAAUGUUUGGGGAUUAGAAUUUAAUAAUCCACUUGGAAUGGCUGCUGGAUUUGAUAAGCAAGCAGAAGCAGUUAGAGGUCUUAUAAAAUCAGGUUUUGGCUUCGUGGAAAUAGGAUCUGUAACACCAAUUCCUCAAGUAGGAAACCCAAAGCCUAGAGUAUUUCGUCUAUCGGAAGACAAAGCUGUGAUAAAUCGUUAUGGAUUUAACAGUGAUGGUCACGAAAUUGUUCGAAGUCGAAUAGCAAUGUUGAAACAGGAUCCAAACUUUCAUGGAAUUGUUGGAGUUAAUCUAGGGAAAAAUAAAACAUCCACUGAUCCAGUUAAUGAUUAUGUUGAAGGCCUAAAAAAAUUCAAUGAUAUUGCUGAUUAUCUUGUUAUUAAUGUUUCGAGUCCUAAUACAGAAGGUUUAAGAGAUUUACAAGCAAAAAAACAUUUAGAAGUAUUAUUAACUGAAGUAAAUACAGUACGGAAUUCAAUUAAUUCAAAAGUUCCAUUGCUUUUGAAGUUAGCUCCUGAUUUAACACAAACAGAAAAAAAAGAUAUUGUUGAUGUAAUUCAAAAAAAAAAGUGCAAAGUUGAUGGAUUGAUCUUAUCAAAUACUACCAUAAAACGUGAAAACUUGAAAGAUCCGUAUAAAAAUGAAAAAGGAGGUUUGAGUGGAGCACCAUUAACUGAUUUAUCAACAUCCUUUAUUGCUGAUAUGUUUAAACUUACUGAAGGAAAAAUCCCAAUAAUUGGUGUAGGUGGAAUUUUUUCUGGUCAAGAUGCUUUUGAUAAAAUAAAUGCUGGUGCAUCUUUAAUACAAAUUUAUACAUCAUAUACGUAUCAUGGACCUCCAGUAGUUCAAAAAAUAAAACGAGAACUGAAUGAUUUAUUGGAAUCCAAUGGAUAUUCUUCGGUAGCAGAUGCUGUUGGAAAAGGAAAUAACUGAUAAGUUAUUGCAAUGAAUGAAUAUUGAUAAAAUAAUUGUAUUUUUAUUUGUUACGUCUUGAAAUGGAAUAUAAUUUUAUAUUUAAACUAGUAAUAAGAUUAUUGUAAAAAAA